AUGGAUACUACAACUCAAGGGACUACUUUAGUGCCUACAACUUCAACUGAUAUGCAUGAAAACCAUAGUGAACCCAUUCGACAAGCGAACAGCACAUCCGGGGGAUCGUCAGGUGGAAGUUCUGGUGGAGUGACUCAGACUGGUGGAAGUUCUGGUGGAGUGACACCAAGCAGUGGAAGUUCCGGUGGAGUUACUCAGAGCGGUGGAAGUUCUGGUGGUACACAAGGAGGCUCCGGUGGUAGCUCCAGUGGAUCACUAUCACAGAAUAUGCAACCUCCUCAGUUUUUGUUAAAUCCAUCACAGUUUCUAGGAGGCGGGAGCCAGCAAAGUCCUAGUGGAGGCGGGUCUAGCAGCAGUGGUAGUGGUUCUGGUGGUAGUUCCGGCGGAAGUAGUAGCAGUUCUGGUGGUGGCAGCAGCAGUGGUAGUGCACAAAUGCCAAAUUUUGAUCCCAACAAAGUCAACCAAAUACAAGCCAGUUUUCUAGACCCAUCAAAACUACAGCUAGGAUCAGGCGGAGGAGGAGGCAGUGGUUUUAACCCUGACCAGUUCAACAGCAUGUCCUUUAGCUUCUUCAAUCCUAGUGCAAUGACAGCAGGAAGACGUAGACGACAGGCAAGUCAAGGUAGUUCCGGCGGAAGUAGUGGUGGAAGUUCUAGUAGCAGUGGUAGUCAGCCACCAAACUUUGACCCUAAUAAAGUAAACCAGGUACAAUCCAGUAUGUUAGAUCCUUCCAAGUCACAGCUUGGUUCCGGUGGAGGCGGCGGAGCUAUGUUUAACCCGGACCAGUUCAACACCAUGAAGUUUAAUUUCUUUAAUCCACAAGCACAGACUAGCGGUGGUGGUGGUGGCGGCAGUGGCAGCAGUAGCGGAGGAAGUCAGCCACCAAAGUUCGACGCAAAUAAAGUUAACCAAUUACAAACCAACAUGUUGGACCCAUCUUCAUCAAAAUUGGGACAAAGUGGGGGAAGCGCCGGUGGAUUUGAUCCAGAUCAAUUCAAUUCCAAGACAUUCAACUUCUUUAAUCCACAAAACCAACUAGGAAAGAGGGGUAGAAGACAAACAAGUCAGGGAAGUUCCGGUGGCAGCAGCGGUGGAAGUUCUGGUGGCAGCAGCGGUGGAAGUUCUGGUGGCAGCAGCGGUGGAAGUUCUGGUGGCAGCAGCGGUGGAAGUUCCGGUGGCAGCAGCGGUGGAAGUUCUAGUAGCAGUGGAAGUCAGCCACCAAACUUUGAUCCUAAUAAGGUUAAUCAAGUACAAUCCAGUAUGCUAGAUCCUUCCAAGUCACAGCUUGGUUCAGGUGGAGGCGGCGGAGCUAUGUUUAACCCGGACCAGUUCAACACUAUGAAGUUCAAUUUCUUUAAUCCACAAGCACAGACUAGUGGCGGUGGAAGCGGUGGUGGUGGCAGCAGUAGUGGAAGUCAGCCUCCAAAGUUCGACGCAAAUAAGGUUAACCAAUUACAAGCCAACAUGUUAGAUCCAUCCUCAUCAAAAUUGGGACAAAGUGGAGGAAGCGGUGGUGGAUUUGAUCCAGAUCAAUUCAACUCCAAAACAUUUAACUUUUUUAAUCCACAAAACCAACUAGGGAAGAGAGGAUUAUAAUAUUUACAAGUAUGCAGUUUGCUAUGCUAAAGAAACCAACAAAGUGCUAUCAAUUGAUAUUAAACAUAAUUUGGGAAACAUGAAAUGUAUUUUGUACAGAAAUUUGUUUUUAAUAAACACAAAUCCAAAUAA